UCUUGCAGCGGAGUUCAUUGGGUCGAGUGGCAAUAUCCCUACACCGAAUCGGUCAGCACUCGAAUUCACAUUCCCUUAGAUCUCUUGAAAAAGCGCCUUCUCGACACUGAGCUUGAUGAUAUGACAAGAAGUCAAUUGUCACUCUCACCUCUGCAUCGCAGCGCCUCCUCCUCCUCCACCACCCCUUCCACUAUCUCUCAAUUCCAAUCUGCAGAAGUGGUCACACUUGCCUGCUCUAACAACUGCAGAAUCGCUAUUGCUUGUAUUGCCGAUCCUAUGUCUCCUCUAUUGAUCGCAAUUUAUGAGUAUGAGUCUACCGGUAAGUCUGCUAGGGUUGGGUGGUUCGGAAUGGUUGUUGGAAGAUAUCAUCAUCCCUUCUACGGCUCUUCGUCCACAUGA